CACAUAGAGAGAGGUGUUACGCAUUGGUCAAUUCCGGCCUGUUUUUUCUCCUACGUAGAGACAAGGCCCCCGCCAAAAACUAUAGAAAUCCACCCCUCCUUCCUCUUUGCUUUGCUUUGAAAAAUAGCUCUCAUGCAAAGAUUUACUUUUCUUGUCCGAUCAUCUUCCAAGACGGCAAACACUAGACUUUCUUCUCUUUCUCGUCAAUUUUCAGCGACAACUUUCAAUAUGGCGCCAGUCCCUAAGGAGUGUGACUUUUUGGUCAUUGGUGGUGGUAGUGGCGGUCUGGCUACAGCCAGAAAAGCAAGUGGUGUUUAUGGUGCAAAGACUAUUGCAGUAGAGAGCAAGAGACUUGGUGGUACUUGUGUCAAUGUUGGUUGUGUACCAAAGAAAGUUACAUUCAACGCUGCCGCAACCGCAGAAGCCAUCCACGAGUCCAAAGCCUACGGGUUCUCGGUCGAGACCACCGCACCAUUCAAUUGGUCAUAUUUCAAGAACAAGAGAGAUGCAUACAUCAAGAAAUUGAAUGGUAUUUACGAGAGAAAUCUCGGCAAUGAUAAAGUCGAAUAUAUUCACGGCUUCGCAUCUUUGACUGGAAAGAAUGAAGCAGAAGUGACAUUGGACGAUGGCACCAAGCAAAUAAUCAAGGCCAAGAAGAUUCUUUUGGCAGUUGGAGGUCGUCCUACUGUUCCCAAGGAUAUUCCUGGUGCAGAGUACGGUAUUGACAGUGAUGGAUUUUUCGAUAUCGAGAGACAACCCAAGAAGGUCGCUUUGGUUGGCGCUGGAUAUAUUGCAGUUGAAUUUGCAGGAAUGUUCAAUGCUCUUGGUACGGAAACACAUUUGUUCAUCCGUCAUGACAAGUUUCUCCGAUACUUCGAUCCUAUGAUUCAAGAAGCUAUCACAAAUGAAUAUGAACGUUUGGGCGUUAAAUUGCACAAGAACUCUAGCCAGAGCAAAAUAGAAAAAGAUGAGAAGACUGGUAAACUUACCAUCCACUACGAGGAUUCCAACGGAAAGGGUGUUCUCGAAGAUGUGGAUGAAUUGAUCUGGGGUAUUGGAAGAUCUCCGGAAGUUGAGAGGCUCGGCUUGGACAAAGCAGGCGUCAAACAAAACGAGAUAGGUCAAAUCAUCGCUGACGAAUAUCAAAAUACCAAUGUCGAAAACAUCUUCUCUCUAGGUGAUGUCGUCGGCAAGGUUGAAUUAACCCCUGUGGCCAUUGCCGCUGGUCGCAAACUCGCCGAUCGUCUAUUUGGAGGCCCUCAAUUUAAGGACUCAAAACUCGACUAUAAUAACGUUCCUACUGUCGUUUUUGCCCAUCCAGAAAUCGGUACUAUUGGUCUUACUGAACCAGAAGCUAUUGAACGCUAUGGAAAGGAAAAUAUUAAAUGCUACAAUGCUAGUUUCACAGCAAUGUAUUAUGCAAUGAUGGAACCAGAAGAUAGACCUCCAACUAAGUACAAGUUAGUCUGUAAACUACCUGAGGAGAAGGUUGUUGGUCUUCAUAUCUUGGGAUUGGGCAGUGGUGAGAUGUUGCAAGGCUUUGGAGUGGCUGUCAAGAUGGGAGCUACAAAGAAGGAUUUCGAUAACUGUGUGGCUAUUCAUCCUACUAGUGCCGAGGAGUUGGUUACAAUGAAGUAGAGAGGGGAGAUAGAUGAGCUUAGAUAGAUAGAUACAUGGAUAGCGCGGUAAAUAUUAAACGAGACAUGCGAAAUGGUCUACCAAUAUAUUUCUAAAGUUCUUGGCUUCA